AUGGACGAUGAAGCAAAUCGUCUCGCAUGGUCUCAGACCAUCGCAUCAUGGUUGGCUCUCCUAGGCGUAAUCCUAGCCGUCGCGGGCCUAGCAACCGAACGAAUCCGUCGCGUCCGCGAGCACGAUGAGAGUUUCCAGACCACCAACCCUCGACGCAUGGGUUGCUUCCGUCAGGAUCCGCCGAGCAGGUACCGGUCUCUUCUCGGCGGUCGGACCCCAGCCCUCGAGGUGCCCAGCCUUGAGCAUCUCUUUGAGGAUGCCGAUCGAGGACUGUGGACGAGCUCUACCCUGGAUCACAUGUCUGCAAUCCAGGCAGAACUGAGCUGGGUUCCGUUGUACGAGGCCGUAUUUGGGGAGAUUGUAAGGUUUAGUAGAGAAGAUAAAAAAGAUAUUGCAUAUUACGGAACCCUGCUUCGGCCUAUAUUUAACAACAUCCAGAGUGCAAGGCAUGAAUUGGGUCAUACCACCAAAUUCUUCCAAGAUCGCGAUAUGCUCCUAAGGAGAGAGAAGCUGGUGAACUGCGUGAGAGAACUUCCAGAAGUUGACGUUGGCCCAGACAACAGGGCGUCAGCCGUGGAAGAACGGUUCGCAAAGCUUCAGUCCAUCUGGAUCGCUGGCAACAAACCUUGCAUCAGCGUGACAAGGGAGGAAUUGGUAGCUCUUGCUUUAUUCACAGGUAUGCGAAUUGAGAGGAGCGCUCAUGGACUACACUACUCGGGAAGAGGGCCAUUCGGACUGUCGAUUGAUCUCAUACACACUGACGCCAACUGGCGUCUGUCUUUGGUCCGAGGUUCGAGGAUUCCACGACACGCUCCAUCGUUGGGAAGCGGCUAUACACUUCUCAUGGCCAAGCAUUUGGCAUGUGGAAGCAUACCGUUCCAGCGAAGUCCAAGCUGGGUUCGCAGCGUUUACCUGCGUGACGACGUGCUUUCGGCCGUCAAGGCUGGCCACUUGAUCAUCGAUGUGCAAUCCUACGGAGGGCCCACGUUGGAGUUUCUACGCCGUCUGCCAGCUGACAAGGCUGUGGACGCCUUUUAUGGUGUAAGCGCCCAGGUCAUCGACGUGUCUGGAAACAGAAUUGCGCCAGGAACUAUCAUGACUGCCCGCGGCGCCGAGGUGGGAUGGUCACAUGUCGUUGCCGGCAUCGCCUUUGGAGGUUUGGUACCUCAGGUGCACCCAAAUGUGAUCGAGGCCGUCAAGUUCACCGCAGCGGGGACCUUUGUAGAAGCCUGUAUUCAACAGAUUGAAGGUCUCGUCGAUGCCCUCCAUCGACGCCAAAAAGAGGCGCCGGACCAGUUUGAUGUUUUUGGACAGUUCGUCAGCGACAGGUGCAUGAGACAGGGACAUUCGUUUGUCAACUAUACCCAUCCCUCCACGGAGAAUCACCCUCGCGAUGCUGCAGCGAUAUUUGCCCGAUAUAUGAAUCUGCUCGAACAUGUUGUAGCGCUCACAGGCUACAGUGUCGAUGCAGUCUUUGAAGCGGCAGUUGCCAACUUGGACAGAGUGUAUCAAUCUCGGAUUACAGCUACGGAGCAAGCUGUCACGGACGCACAUCUUGGUGAUAUUGUCGCCAAUAUCAAAUUGACCAUGGAGAGUCACAUCAUCUCUUUGGAGCAAUGCGGUGAGCUGGUCCGGUGCAUCCUGGCUGCUUGGGCGGCAACUGUUCCCGGAAUUCUAGUCAAGGAGCAUAUGCCGUGGCUCGACCAGGCCCAGGCAAUCGCUGGACAUACCAGUAGCGACGGCGACAAUGUCAACAUAUUAGUGAUGGACAAUCUGCCACCAUUUGUUUCUUUCGGAUGA